AAUAAAUUCAAGAAAAUUUUAUGAUAAAUUAGAAAAUAUUAUUAAACGUACUGAUUCAAAUGAGUAUUGUGGUACACCUCAAAAUCUAAGGUACAAUAGAAAUCUAAGUGAUGUUUGUUCAACAAUUUUAAUUAAUUUAAAAAACAAUAAUGUAUCAGUUAAUGAUGGAAAUAUGUUAACCAUCUGUAAGCUUUUAAAUUAUUGGGAAUAUUGUACAUUAAAUGGUCUUUAUCAUUCCAAGAAUGGGUCAGAAAUAGAUAAUUCAUAUAAUGUGCUAGCUAAAAUAUGGAAAGAACAUGUUAAUGAUAAUAGUAGUGAACAUUAUUAUAAGAAAUAUAAACCUGAUUAUGUUCAUUUUAUUUACACAGAUUGGAAACAAAAAAAAGAAUUAUAUGAAUACUACUUUGAUAUUGGUGUAAUUAAAUCAACACCUAAAUUUUUUAAUACAGGGUACGAUGAUUAUUAUAAAUAUGUUAAGUACAAAGUAAGGCUCUAUGAUUAUUAUAAGAAUCCAUAUUCUAUCUCUUAUAAUCUUGACUGUCCAAAUUUUUUGAAGGAAUGUAAAGAGUAUCAUCCAGAAAUGCUCUUACCUGAGUUUAUAUGUUACCAAGAUAUCCUAAAAAAGGGAAAUAAGCAAGCACAUGCGCAACAUCAAACACAAAUUCAAGCACAAAAAAUAGCACCUUCAUUACCUCUCCAAAGAAGUAUUACAGAAACUCCUGAUUCUAUUACCACCACUGGCACAAAAACUUGCAAUGUGUUUCUUGGAGUAGUGAUAAUUUCUGACCAUUGGUGCUUUAUAUAA